AUUCAACAUAGAUUUGUUCUUGGUCCAUAAUUUAGAUCUCAGUUGGGCAUUUGGCUUGAGGGUGAAAUGCACUUUUGCUCAUCUGCGAAGGGACUACUUGGAUGCCCAUUUUGGUUCAAGAUUCUGAGAAGCAACUCAUCAUAUCUCGUUCCAAAGCACGAAAUCUUCAGGAGGUGUAUCCAUGUUUAGACGUGUGCAUCUAUUUUUUUGGUUCAAAAGACCAAAGGGAUUGUCAGCAGAUUUGUGCACAAGUCAAGAAGAUGUUAAGUGUGAUUAUUCGGUUGUACGAUGAUGCAUUGAUGAGUUACAACAUCGACUCUCAAGAGUUAGAGUUUGUCAGCAACAUGUAUUGCCUCCCUGCAGAGGACAAAACAGAGACAGGCCGAAGCUGCCAUUUCCCACAGAAUGCGCUGCGCAUGGCAACUUUUCAGCUGCCGUGCCCUCGCGCGUUCAUGUCUCAUUGGUUUGGUCGGUUGGCUUCUUCUUCACCGCCGGUGAUGUGGGCCCAAGCUUUGUUUUUGUAGACCUCACCUGCUCAACGUUGGACGGAGAUUUUCUCCGCCUCGUCCGGGAGCCAGCGAGGAAUCCGGAGACUCCAAAGCAGGGAGAGGAAUUUCAAAAUCCACACGUACAGGCUUGGGAAAAGCAAGGAAGGAUCCAGAGAGGGAUCGGGAGGACGAGCAGGCAUCGCCGGCGGGCGUAGCAGCCAGGCCUACUGCGCUCCGCUCGGACUCUCCACUCCAAGGCGAGCAGCAGAAUCCGACGACUUCGGAGGAGCGCGAUUUCUGCUGCUCGGGUUCGAUUUGGUGCCCUCGCCGGCAAAAGCUUCGAUUUCAUGGCUCCCGACGGCCGGCGGCCGAUUUCCAAUGUCAAUCUUCACCUUGACGCUUCAGUCCUGGGUGAACUAGCCUCUAGAUCCAUCAAUUUCUUCACCAGCAAAAGCUCCAAGCCAAGGGUGCUGGACGUGGAGGGCAGCCUGCAAAGGGCUCUCCUCCGGGCGCAGGUUAUCAUCGAUGAGGCCACAGGACGCCACAUCACGAACCAAGCUAUGCUCCAGCAGCUGGACAUGCUGAGAAAUGCCAUGUACCAAGGCUGUUACAAACUUGACGCCUUCAGAUACCAACACCACGAUGAGAAGUAUGCCGAAGAUCAGGUUGUGAGUCAUUCUUUCUUUGUCUCCAAAGUAAAUUCUAUGAAAGGGAUAUGUUCUUCAAAGAGAAAGACACAGAUUUUAGAACAACUGGAAGAUGCCCUUGACAAUUUGAGCACUAUGAUCAUUGAUAUGAAAGAGCUGGUUCUGUUCUUGACGAGCUACCCUCACCUGUACCGCCAGCCUUAUAGCAUGCACCUACUGCUGGGCAAGUGCAUGUUUGGCCGCCAGAUGGAAGCAUACCUUGUUCUCAACUUCCUAUUGCACACACAACCUAAUGGUGCUGAAGAAUUGGAGGUCCUGCCGGUUGUUGGCCCCAUCAAAGUUGGCAAGAGUACCCUUGUCGCGCAUGUUUGCAAUGAUGAAAGAGUCCGUGACCAUUUUUCAGAAAUCAUGUUCUUGAGCAACCAUGAUUUCAAAUAUGAGAAGUUAACCUAUUUGAGGGAAGGAUGUGUGAAGAAACAUCAGAAUUCCACACCGAGCAAAUAUGGGAGAAUGCUCGUUGUUGUUGAGGCGACUGGAGAUUUCAAUGAAGAUGAGUGGAAGAGGUUGUAUGCUAGUUCCAAGCAGUGCAUGGCAAGUGGUAGCAAAAUCAUAAUAACAAGCCGGUCUGACAAGAUCACAAAGCUUGGAACGACGAGGGCAGUGACACUGAAAUAUUUAUCCGAGGAAGCAUACUGGUACUUCUUCAAAACACAUGUGUUUGGAAGCACUGAUCCCACGAUGCACCCAAGAAUGGCAUACGUAGCCAUGGAGAUAGCCAGGAUGUUGAAUCGAUCUCUCAAUGCUGCAACAACCAUUGCCUGUUUGCUGAGGGACAAAUUUGGCAUCCACUUUUGGUGCAAGGUUUUGACCUUUUUGAGAGGGCUCAUCAAAUGGCACGUCUCCAGUUUUGGUGAGCAUCCAGGUGAUGCUCUGCGCCAAUAUAAACCUGCACAUCUUCGGAGUAUGGUUAGAACUUCUGAAGAGAUAGUGGUUCAUCAUCAGUACAAUUGCUCUUCACAAGAGGAGGUCCCAAAGAUAUCAUUGGCGAGUGUGAUGUAUGGAAACGUUAAGCCUCCUUCUGGGAAGUUUGAAGCCCUAGUAUGGAGGUCCCCAAUACCGCCCUGCUACAACUACAUCUAUACUUGUGAGAUAUGGUUACCCCAUUUUGGGCUGGUGUUGGAGAAAUUCAAAGAGUUACCGCUUUGUUAGAAUUUUCAGUGAAGCACGGAGAAGCACUUGAAUUUUGUUACUGAUGACCUGUGGAGGAAAAAGAAUUUUGUUACUGAUGACCUGUGAAGAUAAAAGAAGAUAAGCUCGUUAAGAGAGCAAUGCUGCCGUGGGUUCUUGUUAGGAUCAGAGCAAGGUCACAUCUCCCUGAUGACUCGCAGCGAAGUUAAGUCUCUGACAGCGAAGGAAAUCUACAGGUGGCCCCGAGACGGUGAUGGCCGAAGCUGCCAUUUUUGACGGUGCGUGUCACAGUCAAGAAUCACUUCAGGAAAAAUGUUCAUCAAGUGUAGUUUUUCCAACAUUUCCUGGACCACAAUUGGUAGUGAGGACGCCAAAAUAGCUUGGACAGAGCAACUGCACUAGGGUUGAGAGAGUAUGGAUAAGUUACCUGGAGGUGGAAACUGGCAGCAUAUAUUUGCAUGAAGACCCCCUGGUUCGGAUGUGGCUCAUGUCACCGGCGGCGGCCACAGCCGCCGUCCGCCCUGGUCGGAAGCCGCAACUCCGUCACCAGCGGCGGCCACAGCAGCCCGGGGUGAGCCCAUAAAACUGCGUGUAGUUUCACGUUUUAUGCUGUAUAAAUCGAUCCAUAUAGCAUCAAAUCAGUCCAUUAUCUCAUUGUAAAAUGAAUUUGCCUUGAUCCAGCCCGGGUCCGGCUGCAGUUAUGGCUCCGCCCUGACCAUCACCCAUCGCCCUGCUGAGAGCCUGAGACCACAGCCCCAACCAGUCAGUCGUAGCCGUCGUCGACUACGAGUCGAUGAGUAGCUUGGACUUGUUCAUGCCAUCGUGUGAAUUUUCCCCUCUUUUUAUUUCUGUGAGCCAAACAAGCCCCAGCAACCUAGCUACUAGCUCCUAGCCUCUAACUGCGCCGUUCAAUUGUCCUGCUGGUCAAAUCAAUACCCAGCAGCCAAACAUGGAGGCAGUUGUCUCGGCGAUCAUCGGCGACCUCGCCGGUAGAUCCAUCUCUUUCCUCGUCGACACAUACCUCAACCUGACGGCACCAACGACCGGCGACGACGACGAGAGGCUACACAGGCUGCAGCAGCUGCUGCGUCGUGCCCACGUCAUCGCCGAGGAGGCGGAGCGGCGGCGCGUCACGAACCACUCCAUGCUGCUGCAGCUGAACACCAUGAGAGAGGAGAUGUACAGAGGGCACCACGCGCUGGCUCACAUGCUGGCCAGCCGCCGAGCCCGCAGCAGGGACGACGACGGCGACCAGGAUGACCAGCGACGGCACGCCGACGACGACGGUCCGGUGAGCCAUCAUCAUCCCUUCGCCAUGUCUCAGUUCAAUCCUGCCAAGCGUGCCCGCCUGGUGAUCCGUAGCAGGGAUGGUCAUCGUCAGAGCGAGAAACGGAUGCAGCAAGCUCUGAAGCGCAUAGAAACCAUAAUCACUGACGUGAAAGAUGAGUUCGUCGUGUUCUUGACCGCUUGUCCUCCCUUGGGGCGCCAGCCGUACAGCUCCUACAUGAUCAUCGACAAGUGCAUGUUCGGUCGCCAAAUGGAGAUGGAACGUGUCGUCACCUUCCUACUACACGACGACGAAGAAGAAGAUGAUGAUGGUGGUGGUGGUGCUUCGAAGCUAGGUAUCCUGCCCAUUGUAGGCCCCACAAAAGCCGGAAAGAGCACCCUUGUCGAGCAUGCUUGCAACGACGAGAGGGUGCGAGAUCACUUCUCGCAGAUAGUAUCUUUCACCCUUGGCGACCUUGUAGAUGAAAACACACUGGCCCUUAGAAGAGGCCGAGUGAUCAGGCAUCGGCGCUGCCCCUCAGAUGAAGGCUGCAGGGUAUUGGUCAUCGUUGAACUGGAUGGAGAUAGGAAUUCAAGAGGUAUGGAUUGUACUAUCAUGGAGGAUUUGUUCAGAAGACUGCGAUCCAUCUGCAGAACUCGCGUCCCGUGUGUAAGUAAAAUCAUAGUCAAAAGCCGAUCCGACAAGAUUGCGAGUCUCGGAACAACGGAACCUCUUAGGUUAGAUCAUGUAGCUAAAGAAGCUUAUUGGUACUUCUUUAAGGUGUGUGCAUUUGGAAGCACAGACGCCUCAGAGCACCCGGAACUGGUAUCAAUAGCCAUGGACAUGGCAGUGGAGAUGGAUAGGUGUUUCGGGCUCCUGGACGUAUUUGCUGGACGCUUGAGAUCAAAUUUCAAUGCUCGUUUUUGGAGGUUGAUGCUGGAGGUUGUAAGAGAAUUCAAGAAGAAGAAUCUCCUCAUGAACGAUGCAUGCCAUAGUGAUCAAAACCGGGAGGUGACCGAGCCGGCAUCAUUUAACCCCAAAAGAACCCAAGAUCAGUUUGUGUGUCAUGGCGACUAUGAACUAACAGGCUUUGUGGACGGAGAAGUUCCAAUGAUAUCAUUGCACGAUCUCAUUUUUGAAGGCACCAGGCCACGAGGAAAUCCCGCACACCACCUUACUACAGCCACGCGUACAGCUUCGAGAUACUGAGGCCACAGUGUAUGACCAUCACUCAGCAGGAAGAAGACAGCAGUUAAGAAUAUUGUCAGCUGAGCCGAUGAUAAUCUUUUGUGUGUGUUUAGAUAUGUUCAGUCAUCUGUUGAAGUGUAUACUUGACAUUUCUGAAGGGCAGAGCCUAUUGUAAUUGUGUGAUGCAAGGUACUAUGAUCCCAGACUCA